GCCGUUACCGCCGGACCACUGUGUUGCAGUGCGCGCGCUCGUGCGCGUGCUCGUGCUCGCCUACGUAGGCGGUGACUUCACGCUCGUCUCCUUCUCCAGUGCGGCUCCAGUGGCCGUCCGCUCCCGGGGAGGAGGAUCGGAUGUGCCGCCGACGAGACCAGAGCGCUGUCAUCCGUUCGCCUCGCACGGGCUUUUAACGCGAUGCUGACUCGUUGUUGUCUGUUUUUUUUGGAAGAGGAAGAAGACGAAGACUGCAUGAUUUCACGGCGGUGUUUGUAAAGAAGCCGCUGCAUGUCUUUUUUCUUUUCUUCUUCCUCCUCCUCUCCUAAUAAGCCGUGCACUCUACCAAGGUGGCAGCGAUGACGGAGGCAGCACGCGCCGCGAUCACCAUGUCCUCCUUCCAUACAGACGACUAAUGUUGAAAUUGAUGACUGUGGGAUUCCUAUAAAUUGUCGGUAGUACAAUGAACACCACUGUUACGCCGUCAGACCUGGUGGAUGUGCCCAGACACCAGACCCUCAACGGCACCCUGGUCGCCCAGAGCCCGCCGGGCUGGGCCGUGAUUCACACCGCCACCUUGACCUUUUGCUCCCUGCUCCUGGUCUUCAUCUUCUGCCUGGGCUCCUACGGCAACCUGGUGGUGUUCCUGUCCUUUUUCGACCCGGCGUUCCGCAAGUUCCGCACCAACUUCGACUUCAUGAUCCUCAACCUGUCCUUCUGCGACCUGUUCAUCUGCUGUGUGACGGCGCCCAUGUUUGCGCUGGUGCUCUUCCUGGACGCGGGCGGGGGGGACGGCGUGUCCAAGAGCUUCUGCUUCGCCUUCCACCUGACCAGCUCGGGCUUCAUCAUCAUGUCCCUGGAGACGGUGGCCGUCAUUGCUCUGCACAGACUGCGCAUGGUUCUGGGGCAGCAGCCCAACCGCACUGCCUCCUUCCCGCGCACGCUGGCGCUCACUGCCCUGCUGUGGACGUCCAGCUUCACCAUGGCCGCCCUCCUUACCAUGCAGGCGUUCCCACGUAGAGAUGGACCCUGCCUGCCCCACUUUGGCCUGGGAGGCGGACACGCACGGGUCGUGUUGUACGUCUACCUGGCAGACUUUGCCUUUUGCGUGGCUGUGGUGUCAGUGUCCUAUCUUACGAUCGCUCAAACACUGAGGAAGAAUGCACAAGUGAGGAAAUGUCCCAUCAUCACAGUAGACGCCGCGUGCCCUCCGCCCCCACCACCUCUCAUUGCAGCGGGCUUUGAGAGCAUGCAGUGUGCCGUCCAGGGCCCCUCUCUGUACCGUAACCAGACUUACAACAAACUGCAGAACGUUCAGACGCACUCGUACGCCAACAGGGCCGGCCACCCUCUGGUUCCAGGUGCUGCCCAAGGAGCCACCUGCUGUCAGCUGGUGUCUACGGUCAACUUGGCCACAGUCAAAGACUCUAAGGCCGUCGUCACCUGCGUCGUCAUAGUGUUCUCCGUGCUGCUCUGCUGCUUGCCAAUGGGCGUCUCGCUGGCACAGGAUGUUUUGUCGCCGGAAAGCAGCUCGGCACAUUACCAGUUUGAGCUGUGCGGCUUUGUGCUCAUUUUCCUCAAGUCGGGCAUCAAUCCCUUUGUGUACUCGCGCAACAGCGCAGGCCUCCGCCGCCGCGUGCUGUGCUGCGUUCAGUGGGCGGCGCUGGGCUUUCUCUGUUGCAAGCAAAAGACCCGUCUGCAUGCGAUGGGGAAGGGCAGCCUGGAAGUCAAUCGCAAUAAAUCCUCCCAUCACGAGACCAACUCGGCCUAUGUGCUGUCGCCCAAGCCACAGAGGAGGCUCGUGGACCAGGCCUGCGGGCCCAGUCACUCCAAAGAUUGCGCUGGUAGUCCACGGGCCACAGGUGCGCGCAAACCUCGCCCUCCGAGCACCUCUACACCCAUCAACACCCGCAUUGAGCCCUACUACAGCAUAUACAACAGCAGUCCCUCCGCAGGGCCCAGCACCCCCACCAGCCUGCAGCCGGUCAGCUCUCAGACAUUUGCCUUUGCCAAGUCAUAUGUAGCCAUGCACUACCACACUCACCAAGAUGCACUGCAAGACUUCGAAAGCACCUCGGUGCACCAGAUUCCAAUUCCCUCUGUCUGAUCAAAGAGCUGCCGGACACAAAGGUUUGAACAAUCUCACCUUCGGCUCUAAAUCAAAUGGGAACACGGACGCUGCCCUGUCCGCUGUCACUGGAAGCAGUAUUAAUCUCUUUGUCUUUCUUUUACAGUGGAAGUACCCACCUCCAUGUCAAGUUUUCUUGAGUGUGGGAACAAUUACAGAACCAGUCAUAAGCUUUGCCUUGAGAACUAAAACAUGCAAGAGAUUUUUGUGAUGAAAGAGCUCUGAAAAAAAGCUACUUACUGUACAAAUACUGCAUUUUCAAAUCAAUCUGCCCCCGUGUUGCGCACGCAUGUGCCAUUAUAACCCGAGACUGUGGUUGCUCAUUGCGGCGAAGGACUGCAGUCGCCGGUUUCACCGCUGCCAACUCUCUGGCUGCAGUCGCUGAGCACCGACAUCAGCUGCUGUAAGUAUUGAGCCGCUGUGAAACCUGCACAAGGCCCACACAUGGAUGUUGACGGCAUGUGGUUUGCACCUUGAUGCUUCUUAAGAAAAAAAAUGUAUUUGUGAACCUCAUAUCACUUUUUAGAACAAUAAAUGUUUGGCAAGUGCA